CCCACAUCACACAGUCUCUGAAAUCACCAGCUAUGCAACAGCCUGUUUAAUUAUAGCUAUCCCUCUGUCUUCCAAACACAGUGUUUUAUGACUUUAUACAUAAAACUGGGUUGCUCUGAAUUCUGAAUUUUGAGUCUCCUUUUGUUUCUGUUAAAGCCGACUUCACUUAUCUGUGAAUCAAGAAGAACUAGUAGUAGUAGUACAAGAACAGACCCAGAUGGAUCCGUGCCUGUUUUUGAGGAUCCUGGUGGGCAAUUUUGCUAUCAAGUUUCCGGCGAAUUCAAAACAGUCCUCCUCCACCGCUAGCCACACCUCCACGUCCCCUUACUACUGCAAAAUCAGACUUAGCAACCGGAGCAAUAACCAAUUUCCUGUUCACUUGGCUAAGAUUCCUCUAUUAUCUCCACAACAACAAGAACCACAACAUGGAUCUUUAUCAAAUUCACUCGCCGCCUGCUUUACUCUCAAUGAAACCCAGAUCAAAAACUACUCUGUUCCAUCGGAAAACCCACCUAAGUUGAAGAUUGACAUCUUCAAGGGCAGCCAAGGUAUGAGUUGUGGGUUGCUUACAGGAGGGAAGUUGUUGGGUAGGGUUUCGGUGACGUUGGGGGAUUUGGGAGAGUCGGAGACAAGGAAGCGGGUAAUUCACAGUGGAUGGGUCUCGGUCGGUGGGGGCAAGAAGGGGUCGUCGGCGGAAUUUCAUUUAAGAGUUCGGGCUGAACCCGACCCGAGAUUCGUGUUCCAGUUCGGUGGAGAACCGGAAUGUAGCCCGCAGAUUUUUCAGGUUCAAGGGAAUACUAGGCAGGCCGUUUUCACUUCCAAGUUCAGUGGUUGCAGGAAUGCCGGCGACCGGAAUCUCGGAACCAUGACAUCAAUGUCAGAACCUGGAACUCCAAGAAAUUGGUUACCAUCUUUAGGAUCCAAUAAAGACCAAUCGUUGAAAGAACGAAAAGGAUGGUCAAUUACAAUCCACGACCUCUCCGGUUCACCAGUAGCAAUGGCGUCAAUGGUGACCCCAUUCGUUCCAUCCCCAAGAUCCGACCAGGUCAGUAAAUCCAACCCAGGUGCGUGGCUAAUUCUCCGACCGGGCCACGGCACUUGGAACCCCUGGGGCCGCCUCGAGGCCUGGCGCGAUAACUCUCAUUCCGAUGCAGUUUCUUACCGCUUCGACUUGCUCCACGACACCGCCACACCGACCACCGUCGCCAAUUCCACCAUCAGUGGGAAAACCGGUGGGAAAUUCACCAUCGACAUGUCCUCCAGUGAAGCCACCCCAGUUAAUAGCCCACACAGCAGCUGCGAUUUUGGAUCCGGGUCCGCAUCCGGAUCGUGGUCCAGCUCCGAUUUCGGGUCCUUGCCGCAAGUUUUGUACAGAGGGUUUGUGAUGUCAUCGAGUGUGGAAGGCGCGGGGAAGUGUAGCAAGCCGGAGGUGGAGGUUGGGGUGCAGCACGUGACGUGCACGGAGGAUGCGGCGGCUUUUGUGGCGUUAGGUGCAGCGAUGGAUCUAAGCAUGGAUGCUUGCAAGUCGUUCUCUCAUAGGCUAAGGAAGGAAUUGCGACAGCAGAGUCAGGGUUCUGUCGUUUGACGCCAAUAUGGUGUGUCGUUUUGAUUAGUUUGGUUAGGAUUUUUUGGAUUCUUUGGGCCAUGUGAGCUGACAGCAGUUUUGAGGCUGGUUUUGAGGCUGGAUGUGAUUGAAUUGUGUACAGUGAUUAAAUUUUUAUUAUCUAUUUUUUUUGGGCAGUUUUGGAUUCUUUUUAUAUUUUCUGUGGUUGCCAAAAUUGAAGUUCACGUUGGUCGUUGGUACCGAUAAUUUUGUUUC